GAGACCUGAGAGCUGUGUCUCAUUCUUUAAUCCGGUAUAACUCUGUAAAUAGAGAAAUGCUCGCGGACAGGAUCACUGAAUAAUAGCGGAUAAAGGCUGUGUGGAAGUUAUGGCAAGCAAAGCAGAGGCUGAAAUGGAUCAAGACACAAACAGUGCAGCUAGUGAUGAGGACCUGAACAUGUCUGAGGAGGAGGAAGAAGAGGAGGAGGAUGGACUUGAACAAAAGGAAGUAGAUGAUGCUAACCAGGAGAAGGGUGAUGAGGAGAAGGAUGAUGGUGGUGGAGAACGUUUGGAUUAUGCCAGUGAAGGCGAGAAAACAAAGGACAAGAAGUGUGUCCCGGGUAUCGUGUACCUGGGCCACAUUCCACCAAGAGUAAGGCCCAAACACGUGCGCAACAUGCUGGCGGUGCACGGAGAAAUCGGACGGGUUUUCCUUCAGUCUGAAGACCACUCUAUCAAGAGAAAGAAGAGGAAAGCGGGCUGUAAAGGCUCGAGGUACGUGGAAGGCUGGGUGGAGUUCCGAGACAAGCGCGUGGCUAAGAGAGUGGCAGCGUCUCUUCACAACACGCCCAUGACAAACCGCAAGAGGAGCCACCUCAGCAGUGACUUGUGGUGCAUCAAAUACCUGCACAGGUUCCAGUGGUGCCACCUGAGCGAGCGUCUGGCCUACGAGCAGACGGUGUACCAUCAGCGCAUGAGGACGGAGAUCUCGCAGGCCAAGCGUGAGACCAACUUCUACCUGGCCAGCGUGGAGAAGAGCCAGACCCUGGACAGGCUGAGGAAGAAGAGGGCGAAGAAGGGCGAGGUGGUGGAGGAGAAGGGCUGGGACUUCACACAACGGCGCACAGAGGAGGAGAUGAGGCUGGAGCGCAUGAAGAAGCGCGGCCUGUCCAAGAAGAACCUCCAGAAAGCUCAGGAGAAGAGCAGAGCCAUCCAGGAGAAAGCGCAGUCCAACGUAUCCCUGCUGGCUAAGAUCUUCAGCAGAGGGGCUUCACAUGACUGAGGCGCGUGUUCGUGCGUGCGUGCGUGUGUGUGUGCGUGUGUGAUUAAAGUCAUAAUUGUACACAGAGAUCAGACAGAGUGUACAUAUGUUCGUUGUGAAGGCAGUGAACCUCAUAAGAGCUUUCGAAAGGCUUUUUGUUGCCACAAAAUCAUUCAGGAUGUUGCGAAUAAAGUAACAAGACGUUAAUGUCCGCCUCAAACUGGCAGUUUUGUGAUUGUUCUGAUUUUUUUUUUUCAUCCAUCAGACACUGGAUAAUCCUUUUUUAAAUGUCUGAUGAUAUAUUUUUAACGGAAGCAGCAUCUUUCUCAAAAUAUUUUCUUUAUAUGAACAUGUUGUCAUUUCGCGUCACCAGAAUUAUUCUUCAAUUGUUUAUGAGGAUUAAAGUAGUUGAUAGAAUUAUCAAAGAAAUGCAGUUUCACCAGAUUACACUGUAUAUUUCAUGUUUAUGUGUAAACGCAGUGUUCAUGUUUAUCAGAUUGAGGCUUUUAGCCAACAGAGAAAUGGUAUAAAGGGUCCUAACAUAAAUUGUGAAACAUAUUUGCAGGUAGAUGUUUUGGGGGUUUUUUUUGAUCAAGUGAUUUCACACAUAUAAACAAAAGAAUAUUGCAAGACCAACAACAAUGUGUAAUUUAUUUGUAUAGUGUUUUUUUAUUUUUUAUUUUUUAUUUUUAGACAAUAUCACACAUUAACUACAGAAAUCUAGACGUUGGUUGAGAUCCCUAAUGAGCCGGCAUGAGGAAGAAACCUGGAGAGGAGCCAGAUUCAAAAAGAAACCCGUCCUCUCUAGGAGACACCAGAGAGCAUUGAUAUAAGUUAUUACUCUUCUACGGCUGCGUAUUAUCAAGCCAAACAGUGCUUAGUGCUAAGUGUGUAGAAGGCAUGUUCAACGAGUAUCCCGUAUCCCAGGAUAAGUACAGGACAGUGUUUAUGAUUGCAGCAGUAAGUAUUAAGGUCUUAAGUACAAAUUUAAAGUGUCCAGGUGAGACCUCAUCAGCAAUCGAUAUAUUUUUCACCUUAACAUUUUACCCAUAUUUAACAAGGGUGCCAAUAAUUCUGGAGCGGCGUGUAGGAAAGUUUGGAUGUUAAUUGUGGGGAAGGGUGUGAAUCUGCCAUUUAAUAACAUUUCUAAAUAAUACUACACUAAUGAUCAAUAAAAAAUGUGGCUGUAUGAUAAUGGACUAUCUUACACCAAGACAAGUAUGAAUUCAUUCGCCUGACUUUUCCCUCAACACACACCUAUAAUCAGCUCAGUUGAGACCAGUACACUGAUUUAAGUUCAUGUUUAUAUUCCCUACCCUGGAAAGGUAAUUGAUUGUAGACCAUUGUGAUUGUUGUUGUUGUUGUUGUUGUUGUUGUUGGAAAUAACUUAUUCUUUUUAUCCCAAGAAGACUGACUUCUCCAGUCCGUCCUCCAGUUUGGUGUACUCCAGGUGGGCGGGAUAGUAUCUGCUCUCAUAGCGAGGGCUAUUCCUCACAUACUCCAGGUAUUCCGGCGCUCCAGGACAAAUCACGUUGUCCGCCAGCAGCACAGAGCCCUUCCUUAGCAAACCGCACUCCUGCGAAGAUGCAAAAAAAAAAGAACCUGUUUCUAUAGUGACUGCUAACACAGGAACAGAUUUAGAAAAUUUCUGUCAGAUGUUCAUUUAGUAUUUUUGGAGUCUCGGGUAGAUGUGAAGCUAUAACUUUACAUUUUCCAACACUGGAAAGUCUUCAUGACGGAGGAGUUUGCAGUUUCUUAAUAACACAAGAAGCGAUAUUUUUUGUCUUAUUAAUGUCAGGAGAGAGGAAAAAGAGAAUGAUGAGGGAAAGUCUUUUCAUACCUGCUAUAAUGCAAGAUACGUAUAACAGGAACUAACUUGUUUCAUGGACAUUCCACAAUAUUAAAUGUGACAAUAAACAGAUAAAGAGCA